AUGCAUUUCGUUACGCUUAUUAAGUUUUAAAUUGUAUUGUGUUAAGUAGAAAUAUGUUUUAAACGUGAAUUACAUUUGGCAUUGAAUACAAUUGUAUUGUCGCAAAUUUACUUAGUUUAGACUUUUCGGAAAUAUAUUGGAUUAUAUUCUUAUCAUCGUUGACGGCGUGAAGUGAGUCUUCCCAGCCAUGGGUGCGUGGGGACAGUUCUGGUCCCUUGUGUGGAAGAAUUACGUCAUCAGGAAGCGACAUCCGAGUUUCGUGGUUUUAGAAGUCGUAUGGCCAGUGUUGAUGUUUGUAGCUUUAGCACUGUUCCGGCUCGGGUUCCCGCCUGACCAUAGGGAAACAUGUCAGUUCCAAGAACGCGCACUGCCGAGCGCGGGAAUGAUCCCCUUUCUGCAGACGUCAAUAUGCCAGUUGCAGAACAACUGCUCAAACCAGGCCUGGAAAGAAGAAAGAGAGACGGCACAGGCCAAUUUCCAGCAACUAAUAGGUGGAGUGACACCAAUUUUGGAGAAGGAAUCCACUGUUCAGGCUUUCAAAGCAUUGCCAAAGAUGAACAAAGUCCUGAAGGCAUUGCAGAACUUUUCCAAGGAAACCAGUUUAGAUGAGAUUGAUGAAGCACUGAAGUUAAAGAACAUGUUCAAAGACCCAGCAAGGGUGAUCGACAUCAUAGCCAACAAGUAUGGUAUAUUAUCACCCAAGAUGGCAGAAUAUCUUCUGGAGUCUACUCUCAAUCCAGUGGCGAUCAUGGAAAUGCUGGGCAGUCUAGACAUGAAGAAGGUGGUGUGCGAUCCGGCAGAGCUUACAAAGUACCUGUUGCUCAGCCCGAAGGUUAACAAAUACUCUCUGUCAGAUCAGCUGUGUCGUAUAAAUGAUGCCCUCAUCUCCAACAUUACCAACGAGCUUGUGAGGCAGCUCGAUGUGGCCAAGGUUAUUAAACUGGGUCAAGAUCUUAUGAAGGCGACGGGAUCACUUGAUGUAGCCAUGCUGCUUGGUGACAUCGCAAACUUAGUGGAGCGUUUCUUAGAUGAUUCGAGCAUUCUAAGCAUGUUCAUGCAAUCACAGGCCAUACCGGACCUCAGUGCGUUGCCCCUUGCAUUGCAUUCCGUGUCCAAACUACUGCCUUUACUAAUGAACAUCCAAGGAAAUGAGCUAGAAAGUGUCCGAAAGAUGAUUGAUGUUGUGUCCCCCCUUAUGGAUCUCAUUCUACCCGACAAAACCAUGGCAGCAGAACUCCAGAAGUUAAUGAAAGGAUUAACUGAUAUUCUCAAUACAGAUGGUAUCCAAGAUAGCAACCCUCUAGAUGUGUUAAAAGACUUGAUCCCAGCCCUGCUAAACAGCAGCAAACUCCUUAGCAACCUCACAGACUCCAUCAACAUGCCACUCCUCCAGGAUAUAUUCAGCACAGAACACAUCCAGAUGAUGGAAGAGCUUGUUAAUGGUUCAGAAUGGACAACUGUCCUGGACCUUUUCAUGAAGAACGUGCCCAACCUGAUGAAUUUGAUUGAAGCACCAGAGAUGGUUUCAAACAUAGUGAAUGAGAUAGCCAGUCAGUAUUUUGCCACAUUUAAGGCCGUUAUGGAGGGUCUGUCACAGAAUUCUACGGAAAUGGAUCCUGAUGCUGUUGCCAAGUCACUAGCAGACGGCAUGACCAAUCUGGAGCAAACACUACGGCAGGCCAUGGGAGAUAACAUGACAGACAUGGUUAUGGCCCUUGGAAGCAUGCUCAUGGACAUGGUGGAUGACAGCUCAGCCUUUUACGAGAAACUGACAUUGGACCUGAAGGCUAGUGUCUCCAGUCGUCCAGAGGUUGCAACUGCUCUAAACAAACUGGCAGCAAUGGAUACCACGGUCACAUAUACCUUCCUCUCUAACAUGGUGGCUAUGGAUACUGUAUAUAGUGUCCUCAAAGGACAGACAACUAUGCAGGAUGUUUGUAUUCAGUCCCUGGAGGGCACAGUUGCCUCCCCUGCAGACAUGGCGGCCAUUUGUAAUCCAGCUGCCACACAGGCAGUGAAUGUGGUUUUAUAUGAUGGUCGUAUGGUGCAGCUUGAAGAGAAGAUGACUGCCUACAUGGUGCAAAUGGACAGCAUAAUGGCUGGUAGCAUUCCUCUUGAGAUGCAAAAUGGCUCCAUGAAAGCCAUGUAUGAACGAGCCUCCAACAUGGUGACUGACAUGAUGUCAUCAUCAUCUUGGUCCACAAUGGCAGAAUGGAUGGAUAUUUUCCAAACAGCUGGUACGAUGAAAGAUGUGUUGGUGACUUCUUCAGACUUGCAGUGGACUUGGUCUAAAGUGGAGCAGGGCUAUGUUUAUCACAACAGGAUUAUGCUCCCUAUACAAAUGACCCUAGAGGCAAUGGAGAACUCUUCACUGUGGAGAAUGAUUCGACCAAGUAUGGAGGUUGCCCUAGCAACAAUUGACACUCUAGUGUUACGUCUCAAACAUGUGCAAGGUGUGGAAGCGAGAGACAGGAUGAUCAGUCGUCUUGCCACAUAUCUGCCUUACCUCCCCCAGGUGGCCAUAUCUGCCCUUGACUACAAUAUCACCCAGAUCACAAAAUUGACGUCUCAUCUGAACGACACAGACAAGAUUUUUAAAAUGCUUUGCACGGACGCGGACUGGGACAACUUGAGCAUUUCCGUCACAGUUGACAGGGCUCAGCUGCGAGAGUUUGUCUGUGAUCUGGACUACCAGAUGAUUGUUGAUGACAUCUGGCGCGUUAUCGAUCCAAUGGGAUUUGCAGCCGAUAUGGAGCUGACACUUAACACUUACCUUGACACUGGCGUUAAUUGGACGAGGAAUUCUGUUGCCAUGAGCUACGUCCUUGAUACAGCCCUGAUGAAGAACAAUGUCUUGGACCUUGUAUGGAAGAUUGUAAACAUUGACUGGAAUGUGAUAGCUACCUAUCUGGGUACUGCGGAAAACAUGGUCGAAGAAUUGAUAUCAAAGAAUAUUCUAAGUGAAAUGGCUUCAGGAAGCCACGAUAUUGCUGCAAUGUUCGCCAAUAUAGACUCCAUGUUUGGUGAGAUGCCUAUCUGGAACCGAGUGAAACACUAUGUUUACACAUGGGAACUUUUUGCUGACAUGAUGCUGGAGUAUGCACAUAUCAUUGAUGAUGGCAAUUUUACCAUAGUUGAGUAUGUAGAGGGUAUCUCCCCCACCCUGGGGGAAUAUUUUGCCAAUGCUACUGUGAUUGUCCCAGGAUUGAUAAGCAGACUGGAGACCAGUUUGAUGAACCCACAGGAGAUGGUGCAGCGCAUCCUCAGCGUGGACUUCAUGACUCUCUGCUCAAACCCCGCUUCAUUUGGUCGCAUGUUGGGUAUAGAGCCUACACCAGACUUUGUAGGGUGGCAGAGGGGACUGUGUGCUCUGAACUGGACCCAAAUCUUACAGGAACUGGAUGACAGCAACAGUGUGGUCAAGAAAUUUAUUAAGCAGUUCAACAUUAUUUCCACCAGUUCGACAGCAGACCUUCCAUUACUCUCACACAUGAACUGGACCCACGUAGUCAUGGUUACAGAGAAAUUUAUCAGCAUCGCCAGUAGUACAGCCUUCCUGAGUGGCCUUGCCAACUUCCCAGAUCUUGGUAUCGAGAACUUCAACACAACUGGCACCAACCUGAUGGAGGCUCUACAGAACGCAUGGAAACUUGAUGUUGAUAAACUGUCCUCAAGUGUUAAGCAGCUUAUUGACCUGUUCUACUCCAUGUCACCAGCCAAUGACUCCAUGUGGGACAUGUGGCGCUCCACAGUGGCCCAGCAGUUUUACCUACAGUACAAAAUCAUGUCUUUCGCAACACAUCACCUGGACAUCAUCAAUCGAACUGGAGUAUUUGACUUAAGAGCCCACAUUGUCAACUCACCAGAGCUUGAUAAACUGUUGGCCAUGCUUGAAAAAUCUUCAGACGUGUCAGCCAUCAUCUUCCACAAUGCAAGACUUGCCCUAGAGGACAACACGAGGAUGCUUAAGCUGUUCAUGCUAAACCAGUCUGACAUUUGUUCCGGGCUAGUAGACUGGUUAUUGCUGCCAGCAGACGUCCUAAUCACACGCGCAGACAUCGCAGAGGUGGUGUGUGUGUUUGAUUACAAUACCAUUGGCAAUGAGAUCAUGAAUGGUUUCGAGGGCUUGAACGACCUGAUAAAUGAUAUCAUAUCACUCGGCAACAUGACAAUUAAUGACAUGGCAGUCAACUACACACAGUUUGCUCGCGUAUACGAGAAGUUUACUGAACUAACGACCAGUCUUUCGUCGAAAACAAUCACGGUUGGAACCUCUUGGUCAGAAAGUCAAAUCCAGGAAAUAAUGGAUGAUUUGCAAAAUUUCACAGUCACUAUGGCAGAGCGGAACCAGACGGGCGUGGUACCAGGGUCACUUGAUAGCCUGGAGAGUAUGGAUCCAGUAUCCAAACGUGUCCUGGCAACACUUGAUAUUUUCCUUAACUACAUGGUUGCUAGGAUGAAGAAGUUGCAAGGUAAUUUGACAAUAGAGGGCAUCUCCAAUGACUCUGGGGAUAUCUUGCGGCUGUAUGAUGCCUUAAUGAAGUUGAAGCAAGGGGCAGAGUCAGAGACCAUCAAUGUCACAGUGGACUAUGGAAAGGUGUAUGAGGUAGCAGCCAAUUCCAGCCUGUUACAAGAGCAGUGUGCAGCAGGGACCCUGGCAGUUUAUCUGUCAGUGGGUGGGGUAGCGUCCAACAUGACCGAGGCAGUGGCACAGCUAGUCUGCUUCAGCUAUGAUACGUUCCCAACGGUCCUGGAAGACCAGAUUCAGAUGCAGUAUUUCCAACAACAGAUUGCCCAUAUCUGGAAUGAGACAAACACAAAUCUAGAAGUGAAUGUUACUGGGCUGAACUCCAACAUCGAGAUGUUCGUCCGUCUGUUUGUGGAGCUGAUACAGAUUCCUCCUGAUGGCCAGAACCUGAUCUCCAACUUCCUCAACUGGGACAUCAUCAUGAAGUUCUUUGUGGAUAACAUGGCCAACCCUGACCUGUAUAUGUUGCUUGGUGGAGUGACAGACAAGGUGUCGGACCAGUUUGGAUUUGGACCUCUGACAAAGAAGAUCACAGCGGCCAUUCAGCCUCUCAUAAACAAAAUUGCCAAUGGAGAUGCCAUGGACAUUCUUGUCAACCCCAGCAUGUUACAGGACAUGAUGAGAGAGAUUCUGUCAGCAAACGAACUGCUGAACAUGUUACAGGAUGUUACCUUCCAAAGUGAGACGAUCCUAAAUCAGUUUGUGUGUGAGUAUACUGAGGUUCCAAGCUGGUUUAGUAUACACGUGCCUGGUGCCGAUCCCUCGCACAUCAUUAACUUGUGCUGGCAACCAGUGACCAUGUGGGGAGAGCAACUUCAGAACCUCUACACAAAUGAAACCAUCCGCCAACAGAUUCAGCAAAUGUUUGAUGCCUAUGUGGACAAGAAAAGGUCGGAGAAUUUGGCGAUGCUCAAUACGACCCUGUCUUCCAUUCUUGAUGGGCUGGAAAGCAACAACAUCACAAGCUGGGUAGACAGCAGCAGCUCAGCUGAGAACAUGGUCAACACAGCCUUGGAGCAAAACUUUAACAACAUUAUGAACCUUCUGAAGAUGUUAGAGGGAACCAGUAUGCUUGAGGAAAUCCAUCGGGCCUUGACCACAGUUGUGGCUGUCCAGGGACACAUUGAUAUGCUCAUGGAAAAACUUGCAGGUGAUGAGCACAUUCCUCUGGUAAAUGUGCUGCCCAGCUUGGACGCCAUCUCACACCUCAUAGGGAAACUCAACUCUGACUCUGCAACUGAUUUCUUCACUGUAGCCGCUGUCUACCCGCAACAGUUCUAUGAGCUUGUUGUAUCAAAAACAUGGAAGGAAACAGUCUGUGACUUUGAGCGUUUUAACAGGACUUUCUACUUUGAAAACACCAUGGAUGCCCAGGAGUACCAAAAGGACCUUUGUGAAGCCGCUGACAAAGAUGAGCAGUAUAUGCUGGAAAUCUUCAAAUUUGUGGAAGUUGAAAAAAUUGUAAAUCAGAUUGAAAGCAUCUACAAGAGCUCUGCCAACUUCACCCUAGAGAUGUUACAGAAGAGCAGUGCCCUGAUGAGCAAGUUGAUAGAGAGAGUUACGGGCCUUACUAACGUCAAUAUUACCGGGAUGGACUCGUGGUUGCAGACUAUCAUCAUGUCACUGGAGAGGCUAAACACACAGCAGCAGAGCAGUUUGGUGGACUCAUGCACCCUGAUCUGGCAGUCGUUGGAAGGGACAGCAGUGUUCACGGACAUGGUAAAGCCCUAUCUCACUUCAUCCAAGGCCUUCGUCAACAUAUCACAGGCAACGAUGGACUUGAUCAUUGACCUAGAGACCAAUGUCUGUGGUGGUCAGAACAGAACCAUUUCAAACAUCAUUUCCAUCUUGUCUGAGACAGCCAUUACUCAACAAAUAAAACAGCUUUACGAAAUGAUGACUGGUAAAACCUCCGUGGCAGACUUCACGUGUCAAGAUAUGAGCAUGUACUACAGCUUUGGUGAGAAGUUUGCCCAGAAUAUCAUGGGGGUGUUCAAUGGCUCUGGGGCCAACACGAUGGAGUGUGUGGCUGACAUAUGGACCGCUGCUCAGACCCUCCUUGCUGACACAAACAACCUGUUUGCCGUCAGUGGGGAACUUUUCAAGCUACUGGAGAAUCCUGACUUAAAGAAGAUCCUGACAGAGGUCUUUGGGUCAGAGCAGGGGUUAGCAUUACUACGAAGCGCCCUUGACCUUGUCAGUCAACAGGAACAAGCUGUUGCGGCCCUUCAGUCUCUACUGGAGACCAACAUCACCAACAUGGAGACCGUCCUGAACAACCUGUUCUCUACAGCCUCCAACGUACUGCAGCCCAUUGUGAAGAGUCUGUUCAAUGGAGUCGAUCUGAAGAAUAUGACUGCUGAAGAAGUGAUUGCCAAGGUGUGUGAGGAAGACCAGGACUGGGCUCUGUUGCUAGGCAAUCUGACACAGAUGGACAUACGGAAGGCUAUGUGUGGAAAUGACACCAAGGAGGCCAGAGACACUGCCAGCAUGCUGCUGAACUAUGUAGAAACACUUCAAGUGCUUCAGGACAUUCAAAACUUCAAUUCAACCGCAUUUUGGAUGAAAGUGACCCAAGAUGUGGCUGCCUUGUUACAGAACUUUAAUGGUCUAUCAAAUCUCGUGUCAUUGGUUGAAAAGUUGGGCAAAAUCGAUAUCAUGAAUCUGCUGGAUAACAAGGAACUUCUUCGAACAAUCCAGAAAAUACUUACUGAUGAUGGACCAGACGCUAUUUUGAAAGAUUUGAACACUUUCCUGGAUAACUUCAAGCUUUUAGGAGAGGAUUCCAAUAUCACCAACAUAAUCCUCAACGAUAUCCGCUACCUUGCAAAUGGGUUGUUUGCGUUUUCUUCUCUGCGUUCAAUCAUGUUAAGCAAUGUGAAAGUGCGAGACUUGCUGAAGCAGCCAGCAGAAUUUGAGCGUUACAUGAUGGAUCAACUCAACCUUACCGCGGAUGUUGCGAGCGCCAUCAUAGACGGCAGCAUAAGCUUUGAAAUGUUGCUGGAGGUGGCCAAUGCGGACCUCAAAGGUCUCAUCUGUAACACCACAGAGUUUGAACAACUGUUGCGCUUCAACAACGAGUCACGAGAGCAUGCAGCAGCAAUCAGCCAGAGCUUCUGUCACCUUGACAGUCACACCUUACAGGGGCUUCUUGAUGACAUCCUGCAGGAGUUGGACAUUGGGAAUCUUGUUGAAAAGAUGGUGACAAGUGGACUGGACAGUAUCCUAGAUAAGGCCGGAGUCACUGUGGAAGAGAUGAAAGAAGCAUUUGUGAGCAUUGUGAACGGCCAGAAAGAUCUCACAAACAUGAAUGAGCGCUUUAAUGCAUUUGCCAGCGCCAACGCUGAGGCAUUUGAAAGCCUUGCUGCUGCUCAAACCAGCACACAGGAGUUUGACUCUCUGUCGUCUAUCAUGUGUGGAACGUCACUUCCUGUCAUCCCUGAUGAGUUCAAGGUUGGGGAGGCACUUGACAAGGACCACAAGGAACUCACAGAGCAGCAGACGGCAGAAAUGGAGUCACUAGCCCCAUUAGGUCCGUCUUGCCAGGACAUGUAUGUGAGGAUCAUAAAGGAAGACAACGGCCCCAUCGUCUGGGCAUACCUGAAACCACUGCUGCGUGGAAAGAUUCUCUACGCUCCAGACACCCCUGAAGUCAGGGCAAUACUGAAAAAGGCUAAUGCUACAUUUGCAAAGUUAGAGAACUUCACGCAGAUAGCCCUGGAUUGGGCCGACGGGACCAUUGUACUGGAGGAGCUGGCUGGAGACACCGGCAAGGAUAUUCAGGCGCUGUUCGAGAGUGAGUUGGUCAAGUCGUUAGUGAUGCAGAUGUCCGGUGUGAACAACCAAGACCUGACCAACCUGAUCUACACCUUCCAAGACGCAGACACCGGCCUCAUGAAGUCCAUUUCCAAGGUGGCCAGCCUCGUGUCUGACUACGUGUCCUGCAUAGAAAUCAACAGAUAUGUGGGAUAUGCGACUGAGUCAGACAUGCAGACUGCGGCUAUUCAAUUCAACAACCGCAAUGAGCUGCUGGCUGGUCUUGUUUUUGAAGUGUCCGGAAAACUAAAGAGACUGAAGCGUCAUACACACCCCAUAAGUACACACAUCCAGUAUAAGAUCCGAAUGGACGUGGAUAAUUCUCCAAAUACGAACCGUAUCAAGGACAGAAUGUGGCGCCCUCAGCCAGAGGAUCACUUCUUCAACGAGCUUCGCUAUUUCCGAGGUUUCAUUCAGCUCCAGGACAUGAUUGACUCUGCUAUUAUCUCGUUAUAUGCUGAGCAUGAACAGGUGGAUUUCAAGAUGCCAAGGGUUGCAACCAACCAAUUCCCUUUCCCUUGUCAUACACUUGAUACUUUUGUUAACACAAUAGCUGGCUACCUAUUGCCGGUACUGAUGACCAUAUCAUUCAUCGCCAGUAUUGCUGUGGCAGUAUACAACCUGGUGUACGACAGGGAAAGGGGGCAGGAAGAGACCCUAAACAUCAUGGGGCUUAAGUGUGGCCUGAAUUUCUGGGCGUGGCUUCUUACGACCUACCUUAUUAUGGCGGCAGUUUGUGGGAUUGACAUCAUCAUUCUGAAAUAUGCAAACAUCUUCACAGAGAGCAAUGCCUUCAUUGUCUGGCUCUACUUUAUAGACUUUGCAUUCUCAAUCUUAAUGCUAUGUUACUUUGUGAGUGCCUUCUUCACGCGCACAUCGCUGGCCAUUCUGACCUGCUUCAUUGUGUACUUCAUCAGUUAUCUACCCUUUGUUGUUCUCUACACAUUGGAGGUUGACAUGACAUUCUGGCAGAAAACUCUAGCCUGUCUGUCGUCUACCACGGCAUUCAGCUAUGCGGCCCAGUACAUCGCGCGUUUUGAAGAGCAGAUGAUUGGUCUGCAAUGGAGCAAUGUGGUCAAGGAUCCCUAUAACACCGAGGACGAUUUCAAUUUCCGCUGGUGUAACAUCAUGAUGGUGAUUGACAGCGGCAUAUACUUCAUUCUGGGGUGGUAUGUCCGCAAUGUGAUGCCAGGUAAAUUUGGUGUAUCAGAGCCGUGGUAUUUCUUCUGCCUGCCGUCUCGCUGGUGUUGUAGCAAAUCCAGUGGAAGGGAGUCUGCAUAUUCACCAAGCAAUCAGGGAAAGAAUGUGUUCAGUGAGCCUGCUCAGAAGUCGACUCCAGUGGUAUUGUCAGCGCGAGGCCUUACCAAGACCUACUCGGACGGGACGCGCGCAGUGUCUGACCUUAACCUUGACAUUCACAGUGGCAACAUCACCACCCUCCUCGGACAUAACGGAGCUGCAAAAACUACCACCAUGAACAUGUUGACGGGUAUGCUGGAGCCCUCUAGUGGUAGUGUCCGUCUGCUCAACAGGCCCCUCAGUGACAUGAGAGGCAGCAUUGGUCUGUGCUCACAGGGGAAUGCCCUCUACGAAUACAUGACAGUCAAGGAGCACAUGGAGUUUUACAGCGCCAUCAAGGACUCUUACAAUGCCAUCUCAAAAGAGGAAGAAAUACGACAGUUACUGAAGGACGUUGAUCUGUACCACUGUCGGCACACCCUGGUGAGGAACCUGUCUGGAGGCAUGCAGCGCAGGCUGAGCAUCGCCCUCGCAUUUGUCGGCGGCUCCAAGGCCGUCAUCCUUGAUGAGCCGACCAGUGGUGUGGAUCCCAGCGGCAGACGGGCCAUCUGGAACUUGAUUGUGCGCAGAAAAGAUGCAAAAGAUUCAGGAGGAGCGGCCAUCUUGUUGUCCACUCAUCACCUUGACGAAGCAGACGUGGUCAGUGACCAGAUCGCCAUUCUACACGAGGGCCGUCUGCUGUGUCAGGGGUCACCAAUGUUCCUCAAGCACCACCUGGCAAGCGGUCAUCGACUGACCAUCACAUCUACUAAACAAGACCCUGAUCCGGUGCCUAUAUUGUCCCUGAUCACCCGUUGGAUCCCAGGAUCAAAACUCCAACAGAUGACCGGCUCUGACAUGACCUUUGUGGUGCCCGCGUCAACAGCAGCAGCAACAAACUUUGAUCAGUUCUUCCAGGAAAUGGAGUCUCGCAAAUACGAACUGGACAUCGAGUCUUUUGGAAUAUCAGAUCCUCAACUGCAGGAGGUGUUCCUGAAGGUGUGUGCCGCAGCAGACGCAGGUCACAUUAUCCAACCAGAGACACUUAGGCAGAUGGACAGCCAAUCAGAGGAGGACAAGAGCUCUACAGACGGGGAGUGGAAACAUGACUUUGAGGCAAACGGCUCGAGUAGCAGAGAGCACCUAAACAAGAUGACAGUCCACAGUAGCUCCCGUUUGUCUCUCAUAUUUGCCCUGCUUACUAAGCGAUUCCUGCACUACAUUCGAAACUGGAAGCUCCUUGUGGCCGUUUUAAUACUGCCGUUGCUACUGUUCCUGCUUGCAUGCGGUCUCUAUCUCGUGAAACCCACAGAGACGGAGUCCCCAAGUAUUAUCCUGUCACCUGCCAUGUAUGGUCCAGGUGCCUACUCAUUCAACAAACAACGUUCACUGCCCCAAACUGGACUGGAUGGCCUGGACAUUGUACAUACAUUUAUGCAGAAGCCUGGCUAUAGCACAUCUUGUAUCAAUGCAUCAUUUGCAGAAAAACUAGGCUCCCCAUAUGAAUGUGUCGACCCCGAUACCUCAUACCACAACACCAGCUACCAGCAUAUGACGUGUAAGUGUGAUGACAACAAGUACUCAUGUGCUGCUACCAAUAACAACGCUUCAAUCCCAGAAUUCCGCUCUGCUACCGGCGACAUUCUUGUUGAUCUUGUGAACCACAAAAACAUCUCGCAGUACCUGUUAGAGACCUUUGAACAGUUCAUUACAAAGAGGUUUGGUGGAUUUGAGUUCAGUGAUGGUACAGAUGACAAUAAUAUGCCAGUUUUGGACGCCAAGAUCUGGUACAACAACAAGGGUUACCAUGCCAUGCCCUCAUUCUAUAAUGCCUAUAGCAACGGCCUGCUACGAGCUCUCAUGGCUAGGGCGGGAAAGCAAAGUGAACAAUAUGGCAUUUCCACCUACAACCAUCCAUUUGUGUUCGGAAAGCAGAAGCUUUCAAAACAAUCCAUGCUGUUUGCUGCUGCGGAUAUUGGCAUCGCUCUUAUCAUCCUGAUCGCCUUCACGUUCGUCCCGAUUGGCUGCCUGCUGUACCUAGUCACAGAGUUCCUAAGUCGUGAGAAACACAUGCAGUUCAUAGCAGGCAUCGGGUCAUUUGUGUACUGGAUUUCCUCCUUCAUCUGGGACAUGAUGAUUAUGGGUAUAUCAAUAGGCAUAGCUGCCAUUAUUAUCCUCAUCUUCAAACCUGCAUCAUUCUGGGAUAGAGAAAAUCUUGGAGCUGUAUGUGUUCUGCUGGCACUGUUUGGGUCGUCAACCAUAACCCUUUGUUACUGCUUCUCAAAGCGGUUUUCAUCAUCGGGUGCAGCGUUUUUCACACUGUUCUGUUUCCUGAACUUCAUCGGCAUUAUAACGAUCAUUGUCAUCUUCGCGUUAAAUUGGUGGCGAGCAUUUAGCGAGGAGGCCGCUGAGGGGUACCGCAUCUGUCACUACGUAUUCCUUAUCUUCCCGCCGUAUGCUCUCGCCUCUGGAUUCAUGGAUUUAAUUGAGAAUCAGGUGCGGACCACCAUCUACGAACGCUUUGACUAUGAUGCCUAUAACAGACCCUUUACCCUGGAAAUGAUUGGCUGGAAUCUCAUUGCCAUGGGAAUUGAAACAUUUGUCUUUUUUGUUCUGACCAUAGUGAUGGACUUGAAAUGCUGUUGUGGAAGCAACUCUAGACAACGCUACCUGGGCAUGAACGGGCCUGCAGACGAAGAUGUUGAUGUUUCAGCAGAGAAAGUGCGCAUUGAUCGAGGAGACUGUCGCCAGGAUGUGGUCGUGGUGCGCAAUCUCCAUAAGGUAUACAAGAGUGGGAAGACUGAGUUGCAAGCAGUGAACGGGCUCAGUUUUGGUGUGCCAGCCAAUCAGUGUUUUGGCCUUCUGGGAAUCAAUGGUGCAGGAAAGACAACAACAUUUAAAAUACUCACCGGCUGCAUUAAUGCAUCAGAUGGCUUCACUUCAGUUCUUGGAUCCAGGAUUCUUCCCGGCUCGUCCUCAGUGGGGCGCAUGGUGGGCUACUGUCCCCAGGAGGACGCCCUGGACAGCUACCUCAGCGUGGAGAGCAUGCUGCACUUCCACUGCAAGCUCAAGGGCAUCCCAGCAAGCAAGAGGACAGAGGAAGUGACUUCGGUGAUGGAGCGCCUGCAGCUGACCCCUAUCAAGGGCAAGCUGGUGCGGGCGUGCAGUGGGGGCAUGAAGCGGAAGCUGUCUCUUGCUAUUGCCCUGCUGGGAUCACCACCUGUCAUAUUGCUGGAUGAGCCCACUACAGGCAUGGACCCCAAAGCCAAGAAGCUUGUCUGGGACUGUCUGUUCAGGGCCAAACAUCAGGGCCAGGCCAUCAUCCUCACCUCACACAGCCUGGAGGAGUGUGAUAUUCUGUGUGAUAGGAUUGGAAUCAUGGUGAAUGGAGAAUUCAAAUGCCUGGGUAGCUCACAACAUUUGAAGCAGAAGUUUGGCAAUGGCUACACAGUUACCCUGUACGUGAGCGGCUUAUCUACAAUCGGCACGAGGAUCUAUGAGCUCAUCCAUAACCACUUCCCCAGUGCCAGCAUCAGGAGCCAUCACGUGAACGUGAUUCAGCUGGACAUUCCACGAGAGUCAGUGAGCGUGGCAGAAAUGUUCUCAGUGCUGGAGAGAGAGAAGAACAACUACAACAUUGAGUACUACACAGUGUCACAGACCACCCUGGAAACAAUUUUCCUGAACAUUGCUGGUGAACAGACGGAUGGAGCCAACCUUGAUGUCUCGGACACAAACUCAAGUUCUGGAGCUACGGGCUCAGAUAUCAGCAGCAAAAUGGCGCCAAUGGGCGUCUCAAACCCUUUCUAUGAGCAUGUCAAGAAACCCAUCACCCUUGCAGACACAGGCAUGGGCCCCAAUGGCUCCAAUGCACAUUCCCCAUUCGUGCUUCCAGUAAAAGACAAGCUCAAUUUUAAAGAUGAGGAUGGUGAAAUUUUCAUCACCCGCCUGUAAUUAUUGACAGUGGAGUAGUUAAAUGCAUGAAGGUGUCAAUGUUAUGACAGUGUCACCUAUCUGUGCUUCCCACAACUUCACCGGAACAUGUUACAAUUGACACAAAAUUUACACAAGUGUAUGAUCAAUGCAAUUGAUAGAUUUUUAUAUUUUUACUGCAUAUUUUACAAGCUUCUUACUCUGAAAUGCAAUUUCUUUACAUGAGAAAUAUAUAUAUACCGUAUUCAUGUUUAUAUUUUUAUUUUAUUCCAUUGAAUAUUAUACUAGUAUUACUUACUGUUUUAUACUUAGACUUUAUACUGUGUUAUUUUAUCAAUUGUAGGAAAGUUCUUAUAUAUGAUGUUGUUGUAAUUGUUCUUUUUGUUGCAGGCAAUUCCCUCUCCAUUCAUCAUUAAAUAUCUUUAUUGUUUACAUGUCUAUGACUGAUUUAAAGUUGAUACUAUUAAAAAUGUCCAAUUUCUGUUUUUACCAUAUAAUUUCAUGUAUGUGUGUAAGUCUGUGUGUUUAAUAAAUGCAUUUAUCACAUGCUAUACCAAAGGCUCGCUUACUUACAUAAUUCCUGAACUCGUUUAAUAAAAUAUGGUAUGAUAUGACAACUCGUGCCAGAUCCUAUAUGUAUGUGUCUGUAUAAUUGUAUGCAUGGAUUGUAUAAACCUCCUGUAUAGCAAUAACAGUUAAAUGUCAAGCAGUUUUUUUAGAGGUCUAAUAUAUAGCAAGAAAUUAACAUGAAAACUACUAAUACAAAUUGUAAUUUAUGGAGGUGAAUGAAGGAUUUGCAUCUUGAAAGAGAAGUUUUGUGAUAGAAAAAAUGUUGUCUCAUUUGUCAUUCUUUGCUGUAUUUCUGUUGUAAAAAUGCUGUUUUAUGUAAGUCACUAGAUACUCUAUUUUUAUAGCUUUUUCAGUUUAAUACUCUUGUUUUAAAGACAUAAUUGUAUUCUUUUAUAUAAGUGUUCGUAAAGUGUUGUCCCAGAUUAGCCUGUGCAGUCCGCACAAGCUAAUCAGGGACGACACUUUGCCUUUUUAUGGUAUUUUUCAUUUACAGAGAAACUUUUAGCUUUUAUGGUAUUUUUCGUUUAAAGAAAGUCUUUUAGCAAAAAUCCAGUUUGAGUGGAAAGUGUUGUUCCUGAUUAGGCUUUGCAGACUGCACAGGCUUAUCUGGGACGACACUUUACACACAUGCAUUAUACCCCCUUUUUACAGAGCAUAGCUCAAAUUUAAGCAAGUACUAUUACACUGAGACCUGAUAUGCCUCAUGUCUAAAGACUGCACAUGCUAAUUUAAGACGAUACUAAAUGUUCAUGCAUUUACCUUGGUUCUCCCAUAGAUAAGCUCAAUUGUUACAGAAUUUCAAUGCUUACUUGUGCUUGAAAAAGUUUUAUUAUUCAAAUACACAUUUUCUUGAAGCAAAAAUAAAUUUUACAUUUAACCCAUUUAUGCCUAGCGUCUAGAAAAAAGGCCUUGUCAAACAGCGUAGACCCAGAUGAGACACCGCAUGAUGCAGCGUCUCAUCAGGGUCUGCGCUGUUUGCUUAAAGGAAUUUCUGUAUGAAAUAUUCUAAAUAUAGAAAUAAAUAUACUAGACAUCCCUAAUUUUGAAAAUAAAUUGAUCUAAUUUAGAAGGAUGGGGGAGUCCACUAGGCAUAAAUGGGUUAAAUAAACUUUGUUUAGCGUUCAUUUCAUGUGAAGAUCUUAACUUUGAACUUUAUUCUAAGAAAAAUUAUUUGUAUUCUGAAUCUGUAAGUACAGGUAUUCAUUUUGCUCUUUAAUUUGAAAUUUGUUCAAGGUUAUCAGGAAAUAUAAUUAUUAAUAGCAGUCAUAUAAAAUAUUUAUGUACACAAAAUGUUGAUGAUAACUUUCCAAUAUGGGCUACACACUUGUUAACAGGCUAUGGGAAAUACAAGAAACUGCAUGCAUGCAUGAGAGAUUUAGUAGAUAUGAUUUGUAUACUGUCUGAUUUUUGUUUUAUAACUGUGGUGAUAUAUUUGUUUCUGUUGAUUCUUUCAAUGCAAUCGUUACACCACUUGUUCUAUUUUGAUACAACAACAGUUAUUUUCUGUCAUAAUAAUAUGUUAGUGGGCUAUCAUCUAGUUCACAAAAGUUGCAAAAACAUACACAGGUACUUUAGAGCAGAACAAUUAUUAAACCAAAGACAACUUUGCCCAAAUUGUACAUGGUGACAUGUGUUUAACCACUUAUUGAAUAUUUAUUGGGUAACAACUGGUGCAUAAUAACUUUUUAGCUCACCUGAGCGAUAGCUCGGGGUGAGCUAUUGUGAUCACUCAGCGUCCGGCGUCCGUCCGUCCGUCUGUCUGUAAACAAUUUGUAAACAUCUUCUUCUACUAAACCAUUGAGCCAAUUUCAACUAAAUUUCAUGUGGAGCAUCCCUAGGUCAUGGGACAAAAGAAUUGUUAAAAAAAAUUUGAUCACAUAACCAAGAUGGCCGCCAUGACCAUAUAUGGUAAAAACCUUAAAACAUCUUCUUGUCAGAAACCGCUCAUCAGAUUUUCAAAAAAUUUCACAGGGAUGACCUUUGAAGGCUCCCCUGAAAAAGUUGUUAAAGAAAUUUGAUUCGUCAAAAAACAUGGCCGCAGGAGCUCGUUGAACUUUGCAUGUUUAUUCGUUUUUGCCUAUUUUGUGAAAACUUUCAAAAAUCUUCCACAUUUUUUGUCCGAUCCUUUCCAAAUUUGCACAGUGUCUUUAUAUCAAUGAGGACACGAACCCUACAAAAAUGAGCAUUAUUGGUCCAUGAAGUACAGAAUUACCUCCCCUUGAAUUGAGAAAAUGGUGUUUAUGCAAUAAAGUCCAAAUUUUUCAUCCAAUUCUUUCCAAACUUGUAAGGAUUUAGCAUGGUUCAAACAAGGGAAACAACUACGGUUUAUGCAUGUUCUUUUUAUUACAGAUUUGCCUCCCUUUAAUUCAUUCAAAAUCUCAUUUUACAGCAGAGAUUCCAAAUCUGACCUGUAAAUGAGACCCAUAUUUACUGCCAGUGCUAGGUUACCUUUCCCCAUUUGAUCAUUAUUAAGUAUUGGUCUUGUAAUGCUGCUACUGCUUCUGCUACUGCUACUGCUACUACUACUACUACUACUACUACUACUACUACUACUACUACUACUACUACUACUACUACUACUACUACUAGUACUACUACUACUACUAGUACUACUACUACUACUACUACUUCUACUACUACUACUAGUACUACUACUACUACUACGAUGACCACCAACACCACCACAACCACCACCACCACCACCACCACGUCUACUAUUACUACUUCUACUACUACUGCCACUACUACUACUACUUUUACCACUACUACUACUACUACUACUACUACUACUACUACUACUACCACUACUACUACUACUACUACUACUACUACUACUACUACUACUACUACUUCUACUACUACUACUACUACUACUACUUCUACUACUACUACUACUACUUCUACUACUACUACUACUACUACUACUACUACUACUACUACUACUACUACUACUACUACAACAACUACUAUUACUACUACUACUACUACUACUACUACUACUACUACUACACCACCACCACCAUUCACAGUGACAAAAAACGUAUUCACACAAUGGCUGCUACUACAACUUAUAGCCCAUAUAGGGGGGGCAUGCAUGUUUUACAAACAGCCCUUGUUUCUAUGGGAUUUUAACCACAACUGUUCAUGUUUAUCUCCGACACAUAUUUUUAGGUCACCUGUCAUGAAGUGACACGGUGAGCUUAUGUGAUCGUGUGAUGUCCGGCGUCCGUUGUGCGUGCCUGCGUGUGUCCGUGCGUCCGUCCGUCAACAAUUUGUUUGUGUAGACAGUAGAGGUCACAGUUUGCAUCCAAUCUUGAUGAAAUUUGGUCAAAAUGUUUAUCUUGAUGAAAUCCGGUUUGGGAUUGUAUUUGGGUCAUCUGGGGUCAAAAACAAGGUCACUAGGUCAAAUAAUAGAACAACCUUCUGUAGACAAUAGAGGUCACAGUUUUCAUCCAAUCUUUAUGAAAUUUGGUCAGAAUGUUUAUCUUGAUGAAAUCUGGGUUGGGAUUUUAUUUGGGUCAUCUGGGGUCAAAAACUAGGUCACUAGGUCAAAUAAUAGAAAAACCGUGUGUAGACAUUAGAGAUCACAGUUUUCAUCCAACCUUUAUGAAAUUUGGUCAGAAUUCUUGAUGAAAUCUGGGUGGGAUUGUAUUUGGGUCAUCUGGGGUAAAAAUCCAGGUCAAAUAAAUAGAAAAACCUUGUGUUGACAAUAGAGGUCACAGUUUUCAUCCAAUAUUUAUGAACUGUGGUUAGAAUGUUUAUCUUGAUGAAAUCUGGAUUGGGAUUGUAUUUGGGUCAUCUAGAGUCAGGAACUAGGUCACUAGGUCAAAUCAUAGAAAAACAUUGUGUAGACAAUAGAGGUCAUAGUUUUCAUCUGAUCUUAAUAAGUCAGGUGAGCGAUUCAGGGCCAUCAUGGCCCUCUUGUCAUUUAUAUAUGCGGUGGAAAUGUAAUAAAUGUAUAUUGUUCAAGCUUUUCUCAUAAUGUGUUCUGGUGUGUUUUGAAGCGUUUUAUAAUUUUAACUUACUUUUAAAUACAUCAAUUUGAGAAUUGAUUCUGGAAAAAUAUAUAAAUUGAUAACUAGAACAAUUCACUGCGUUACUAGAAAAAUUACUCGUGUUAGUUACACCUCAGCAUGAUGUUGCCUAAACUGUUAGCAGAACAUACAUUUUAUUCUGGGCAUUAGUAUUUCGUUUAAUAAAACGGUAUUAUGAAGUGCUUCUUUAUCCUUUGAAAGUUCUUUGUUUGUAACGACAUUAUGUCAGAUACUUGAUAUGUAACAACACAAUUUAAAUUUUAUUUUUGUAUACAACCUGGACUAACGUAAAAUGAAAACUAGACAUUCAA